UCCCUAUAUGCAAUAUAUAUAUACUCUCUGCUACCAAAGCAAGGCCUUUCUAGUUCUACUCGCACUCUCUGACAGCCAAAAUGAUAAGCUGGAAAGACCUCUACACGGUCCUAACCGCAGUGGUCCCUCUGUACGUGGCCAUGAUCCUCGCCUACGGUUCCGUCCGCUGGUGGAAGAUAUUCUCGCCGGACCAGUGCUCCGGCAUAAACCGCUUCGUGGCCAUCUUCGCCGUGCCCCUCCUCUCCUUCCACUUCAUCUCCACCAACAACCCCUACGCCAUGAACUUCCGCUUCAUCGCGGCGGACACGCUCCAGAAGAUCAUCAUGCUCCUCGCCCUCGCCCUCUGGACCACCCUCACCAGAGCCGCCUCCCUCGAGUGGCUCAUCACCGUCUUCUCCCUCUCCACGCUCCCCAACACGCUCGUCAUGGGCAUCCCCUUGCUCAUCGCCAUGUACGGAGACUACUCCGGCGCCCUCAUGGUCCAGGUCGUCGUGCUCCAGUGCAUCAUCUGGUACACGCUCCUCCUCUUCCUCUUCGAGUACCGCGCCGCCAGGAUCCUCAUCACCGAACAGUUCCCCGAAACCGCCGCCUCCAUCGUCUCCUUCAAGGUCGACUCCGACGUCGUCUCGCUCGACGGCCGGGACUUUCUCGAAACCGACGCCCAACUCGGCCACGACGGCAAGCUCCACGUCACCGUUAGGAAGUCCAACGCCUCGCGGAGGUCCUUCAUGAUGACCACCCCGAGGCCCUCUAACCUCACCGGGGCCGAGAUUUACAGCCUCAGCUCCUCCCGUAACCCCACGCCACGUGCCUCCAACUUCAACCACAACGAUUUCUUCUCCAUGAUGGGGUACCAGCCCCCGCCACCGCCACCGCCCCAGGCCCAGGCCCAGCCCCAGGCCCAGCCCCAGGCCCAGCCCCAGCCCCAGGCGCAGACGCGUCACUCCAACUUCACCGCCAAUGAUUUGUUUCCCUCCCGCGGGCCCACUCCCAGGCCCAGCAACUUCGAAGAGCCGCCAAUGCCUCAGCCCGUGCCCGUCGCUUCCCCCAGGUUCGGGUUUUACCCAACCCAGACCGUGCCCGCUACGUACCCGCCGCCCAACCCGGAGUUCUCCUCCGCUCCUAAGACCCUCAAGAAUCCGCAGGCUCCCACCAAGGGGCCCAACGACGCCAAGGAGCUACACAUGUUUGUGUGGAGCUCCAGCGCCUCGCCGGUGUCGGAAAACGCCGGACUCAACGUCUUUGGUAGCACCGACCUCGGAAGCUCCGAACAACCCGAGCAGGGUGCCAAAGAGAUUAGGAUGUUGGUAGCUGAUAAUGCACACACACAAAAUGGGGAAAUCAACAACAAAGGUGGUUUGGAGGCAGGAGUUGGUGGGGAAGAGUUAAAGUUUCCGGUGAAUGGGGCUGAUGAGGAAGUGGAGGAAGAGAAAGAGAGAGAGGGGUCGACGGCGGAGCUGCAGAGAAAAUCGGGCGGAAAACACAUGCCUCCGGCGAGUGUGAUGACUCGUCUGAUACUGAUCAUGGUGUGGAGGAAGCUUAUCCGCAAUCCGAACACGUACUCGAGCCUAAUUGGUGUAGUAUGGUCCCUCAUUGCCUUCAGGUGGCACGUGCAUAUGCCCAAAAUAAUAGAGAAAUCAAUUUCCAUACUGUCUGAUGCUGGUCUUGGAAUGGCUAUGUUCAGCUUAGGUCUGUUUAUGGCACUUCAGCCCAAGAUAAUUGCAUGUGGGAACUCUGUGGCUACGUUUGCCAUGGCUAUUAGAUUCCUCACUGGCCCUGCCGUCAUGGCUGCAGCUUCCAUCGUGGUUGGCCUCCGUGGCACCCUCCUACACGUAGCCAUUGUUCAGGCUGCACUUCCUCAAGGGAUUGUUCCAUUUGUGUUUGCUAAGGAGUACAAUGUCCAUCCAGCCAUUCUUAGUACAGCGGUCAUAUUUGGGAUGUUGAUAGCCCUUCCGAUUACUCUGGUUUACUACAUACUCCUUGGUUUGUAAAAUUCCUAUACCAAAGUAACCAAUAUUCCAGGGAAAAUUAAGCACAUGAUUUCACCUUUGAUGCAAUUUGGAAGUUAGUAAGCAUGAGUGGAGACCACAGUGGAGUACCCUAUUGGACAAAAAAUAUCACUAACUAGUAAUUUCACAACAGAGGAUGCCAUUCCAAGUUUCCAAAAUUUUGGGGACUUAUGAAGAUUUGACCGAUUGGGAGUCCUCCUAAAAUUCGAACACCUCCUUGUUAAAAGUCCAAGAUGAUGUAAUUUUCAAGGACCUCAAAGAGGAAGGCAUAACAGAGGAAUGCGCCAAGUCAAUGAUAUCUAGAAAUGGUUCCCUCUCUGUCAGAUUUUGUAAAUUUUAUAGAAAAUCCGGUUUGGUCAUCAUGUUAAAGCACAGUUUAGUAAUUGAGGGAGGAAACAAAGUGAAUGAGACGAGGAAGCCUUUCCUUUUAACGUUUUAUUGCUUUUUACAUUAUUAUUAUUAUUAUUGUUAUUAUCAUCAUCAA